AUGGCCCAAGCAAGAAAAGCAGAUGUUGAUUUCUUUCAGCUUCUCUCUCAUCUUCUUCAACAGGUAGAAACAUUAACCAAUAGAGAAGAAGUUGAAUUACGUGCUAAAAUUGAAGCACUUGGGGUAGAAAUUACCAAGGUGCCAUUAAAGCCGUCAGUGCAUCUUAAUGAGAUGGAAAUAGCCAGGGAAUUGGACAAGUUAUCGGCAAAGUUAGAUUAUGUAGAUGAGAUGAUAUCCUCGGCCAUGGCUUCUGACCCACUGGUGCAAUCUCUUUUGAGUAGCGUUGCUGAUGUAUGGAUGCCAGUCAUCACGGCUACUUCUGAUGAAAAGCGAAAUUUCAUUAGAUCCAUUCGGGAUGUUACGAGUGCAAAUGAUAAUCUUAAGUGA